AUGGAAUCUAGUAAUGGUCUCAAAUGGAGGAAGCAAUCUCUCAAACCGAUUAAAGCAACGGGUUCAUUAGCAAGCAAAAGAGAAGCAGAAGAAGAGAACGGGAAUAGCCAAAAAACAGCUGAAGAAGAGCCAUUGAGCCCUUCAUCUCGUCUCUUUCACGAACCAACCUUCAACGUUUAUGUUAUAGCCAUCAUGGGGUGCAAGACUAGAAUUUACCCAGACAUCGUCAAAGCCAACCUGGGCCAUACUUUGCUUAGACACCCUCGUUUCUCUAGUUUGCAGGUGAUGGAUGAAAGAAAUAAGGGAGAAAUGAAAUGGGUUAGAACCGAAGUGGAUUUGGAAAAACAUGUCAUCGUUCCAAAGGUGGACCCGAACAUCGAUUCAACAGAAAAGUUCCUGGAGGAUUACAUUUACAACCUGAGCAAAACCGGCAUCGACAAAUCGCAGCCUCUUUGGGACCUCCAUUUGCUCAACUUAAGAACCCCAGAAUCUGAGGCAGUUGGUGUUUUCAGGAUCCAUCACUCCCUUGGCGAUGGCACUUCUCUCAUGUCUCUUCUACUUGCAUGCACCCGCCAAACGAAUGAUCCUAUGGCGUUGCCGACUAUCCCAGUCAAGAGGAAGCAAGAGAACAAGGAUAAUACGAGAUGGUUCUGGAGAAUUAUGUUCAUGUUUUGUUCUUUCUUUCAGGUGUUUCGGAAUACCGUGGUUGAUGUUUUCAUGUUCAUUGCCACGACUUUGUUCUUGAAAGAUACUCAGAAUCCUCUCAAGGGUCCAUCUGGAUCUGAGUUCAAUCCUCGUCGAAUUGUUUACAGGACAGUUAGCUUGGAUGAUAUCAAGUUGGUGAAGAAUGCAAUGAAAACUACCAUAAACGAUGUUGCUUUGGGGAUUACACAGGCUGGUCUGUCUCGCUAUAUCAACAGAAUAUAUGGUGGGAAUAACGAAGAUGAAGGAAUAAUAGAAAAGGAUAACCUUCCGAAGAAAAUUCGCCUCCGAACAACUUUGCUGAUCAACCUAAGACCAUCUGCAGGAAUCCAGGCUUUAUCUGAUAUGAUGGAGAAAGAUGCUGAAACAAAGUGGGGCAAUUGGAUUGGUUAUGUUCUGCUCCCCUUCACCAUCGCUUUAAGGGACGAUCCAUUAGAUUAUGUCCGUAAUGCUAAGGCCACAGCUGACAGAAAGAAACGCUCCUUUGAAGCUAUAUUCACUUUCUCCAUUGCUGAGUUAGCACUCAAGAUUUUUGGCGUCAAGACGGCCAGUGCUUUGUCCCAUAGAAUUUUGUCUCACACAACGAUGUGCUUCUCGAAUCUGGUCGGACCUUUGGAGGAAAUUGGUUUUUAUGGUCACCCCCUGGCUUUCCUUGCUCCUAGUUCUUAUGGUCAACCUCAUGCAUUGAUGAUCAACUUCCAGAGUUACGUAGAUAAGAUGGCGAUUGUUGUAUCGGUGGACGAGGGAACAAUUCCAAACCCUCACCAGCUGUGUGCUGACAUCGUUGAAUCACUGAGGCUCAUCAAGGAUGCAGUGGUCACUAGAGGGCUUGCCUAGAAAACAGAAACGUCAUGCCCCUUUUUAAACUGUAAUCAGUUUU